AUGCCGACCCAGCACCGCAUCCUCUCGCUCGUCUACAACGACUUCGAAGCCCUCGAUCUCUUCGGCCCAUUGGGCGCCAUCGUCCCCCGCAGCGACUACUUCACUCUCCAGCUAGUCAACCUUCACAACCUAGACUCGCCGCAUGGCAUCGAAACCUCCAUAAAGAACGGCAUCGGCGUGAUCCCGACCCUUUCACUGGCCGAGGCCCUCAGAGACGACCACCAGUUCGUCACCCUUUUCAUCCCGGGUGGCGUCGGCAUGUUGCCGCUAGUCUGGGACCCGAUCCUGCUGCAGCGCAUCGGUCAGCUGGUCGACCGCGCAGCCAACGUUUUCACCGUGUGUACCGGGUCCAUCUUGCUGGCUGCGACUGGCCGACUGGAUGGGCGGAAGGCGACGACAAACAAGCGGCUGUACGAUGAGCUGACUCCGAAGCACCCCGGUGUCCGAUGGCAGAAGCGUGCCCGCUGGGUGCAGGAAGGGAAAUUCCUGACUUCCUCCGGUGUCACGGCGGGGAUUGACGCCGGCUUUGCGUUCCUGGCUAGCACGUAUGUCGCGCCCGAGGACCGUCGGGUUUACCGCCAGGCUCAAAAGGCUUCUCCGCGAGGAGAGGCGGCUCCCAUUCCGGGGUUUAGAGAGGAGAAAGCUCUGCGUCAUGCUCAUUUCGUUGCCUUUAGGUUGGAGUACCGCUGGCACUCGGAUCCUGCUGAUGAUCCCUUUGUGGAUUUGCCCGGAACAGACGGCAACGCAUAG